AUGUCUUCAAAUCACGUUACCUUUGAUGAUCAUCCUCAUGCUCAACCUGAAGCCGGACCCUCUACUCCCUAUUCGGCAGGACCAUCUAUACAUCCCGAUAGAUUAGCUUUGAACGCCGUACCAGUGGAAGUAAGGAAGAGUAAGAGUGAGGCUCAGAAAAAUCGAGAGAAGAAGAAACUGAAGAAAAGGAGGAAAAUCGAAAAAGCGAAGAAAGCUUCCGCACCCAAGACGAAUAAGAAGGAAUGGAAACCUGAUCCAGUGUUGGAAGCGCUGAAGAAGUCUACAGCUGGUAACGUUGUGACAAACUUGGCCGAGGGUGCAGAGGAAAAGCAGAAAACGCAGAAGGACGAAGGAAGUGAUGGAGAAGAAAAGGUAGAUGGAACGAUAAAUGGCGAAAGUGAGAAGGAAAGGAGAAAGCGUGAGAAACGAGAGAAGAGGGAAAAGAGGGAAAGGAAAGAGAAAAGAAAGCUAGAGAGGGAAGCUAAGCUUAGCGCUACGAAUUCAGCUGCUUUACCGGAGACAAUACUAGCUGAAGAGCCGCGAGAUGGACAAGAGGAUGUACCUAUGGACCAAGAUAGUCAACCAGCAGUAGUGAAACAGGAUGACAACGAAGUAGGAUCUGAUGUUGAAGAAGAAGGAGAAGAAGAAGAUCAAGCGGACAAACAGGCUUCUCCCGAACCCCUCGAGGCCUUCCCAUUACCUCGUUCCGCACCCGCCCCAGCACCUGAGAUACUGGCGAAACAGGGUUUACCAUCUGGUCUGGAAGAUGCAGAAUUCAUUGACCAGUCCCUUCGCAUAGGACUGGAUGACCUAGAAGCACCUGUUAAGACUGUCUUGGGGGAGGUGAAAGAGGUUAAGACGAUAAGUGAGAGGAUGAAAGGGAAGUUGAGAGAUACAGGAGUGGAAGAUCUGUUUGCUGUCCAAGCUGCCAUCCUCCCUCAACUGCUCUCUCUGCGCCUCAACCCACUUCCAUACGAUCGACUGCACGAUUAUCUGAUCUCCGCUCCUACUGGAUCAGGUAAAACUCUCGCUUAUGCUAUACCUAUCAUCGAGAUCCUCUCACAAAGGAUAACGACGAGGUUGAGAGCGUUGAUAGUGCUUCCGACUAGAGAUUUGGUGAUUCAAGUUAGGGAAACUUUAGAGGUGCUUGCGAAAGGGACGGGACUGAAUAUUGGCUCGGUCACAGGUCAACAUUCGUUCACACAGGAACAAUCUCAAUUAGUUACCGAUAUGGAAACUCCAUUGUUAGGCGGAUCAUCCAAGUUGGAUGUCCUAAUUGCCACUCCAGGUAGAUUGAUAGAUCAUUUAACAUCUACACCCAAUUUCACUUUACAGCAUCUACGAUUCUUAAUAAUAGACGAAGCGGAUAGAUUGUUGAAUCAAUCGUUCCAAAAUUGGUUAUCCCAGGUAUUAUCAUAUAUCAAUCCACCUGAUCCACCUAGAUCACUGCCUGAAGGCUUUGUAGUGCAGCCUUGGGACAAAGUCGCUCCUUCGUGGAUGGAAGGGUUGGGGUUGAUAGAUAGGAAAGAAGAAUGGAAUGAACGUCCGCCUGUGACCUGUCAAAAACUAUUGUUCUCCGCUACUCUCACUCGAGAUCCCUCAAAAGUCGCUGCUCUCUCGUUGACAUCACCCAAAUACUAUAUCAUCCAAUCUACCAACCUUCCCUCUAUACCAUAUAACAUAGGCGAAACAUUCUCUUUCCCUUCUACCCUGUCUGAGAAAAUGUUGAUCCUUCCUUCUGCGCUAAAACCACUCAACCUCAUCCACUUGAUCUACUCGACGGAAUUCAGUAUAUCGAAUGGUCUGAUAUUUACCAAGUCCGUUGAGAGUUCUCAGAGGUUAUUGAAUUUGUUACAAUUCUUCAACGAUGCGUUUAUAUCAGGUGGGAAGAAGGUUGUUGUCAAGGGGUAUACGGGUGAACUGAAGAGUUCGGAAAGGAAGAGGAUAUUAAGUGAUUUUAGUGAAGGGAAGAUUAAUCUACUCGUUUGCUCCGAUCUUAUCGCUCGAGGUAUGGAUUUGCCGUCGGUCUCCAACGUGAUAUCGUAUGAUGUACCAUUGGAUAUGAGGAAAUACGUCCACAGAGUCGGUCGAACAGCCAGAGCAGGAAGGGAAGGAACUGCCUGGACGUUGGUAGAGAAACAGGAGGCUCUGCAUUUCAAAGGGAUGAUGAAUACCGCUGGACAUCUCAAAGCGAUUAGGAAAGUGAAAGUGAAAGAAGAUGAUCUGAGCGAUUAUAAAGAAAGUUAUGAGAUCGCAAUGAAGAGGUUGAAAGAAUUUUACGGCAGAGAUGCUUAA